AGUCCGUGAGAGGAGGAGAGGAAGGGAACUGUUGCAAGCCUGUUGCCAUGGGCACGCGGCUGCUGGCGGCUCGUGUGGCUGGGAUCCUGCCGCAUCUGCACUGCACGAACAGACCUGAGUUUGGAGGAUGAAGUCCAACCCAAAGCAUAUGGUUCCCCCAGUGAGCAGGGACAGAAUAAUCUCCCAGUUUCCUAAGUGGUACACUCCUGAGGCCUGUCUGCAGAUCAAAGACCACUUCCACGCACAGCUCAGGACUGCCUGUCAGCAGAGCACUGGAACAGCUGGGCUGAAAAUAUCCAAAGUGGUUGUGGUAGGAGAUGUCUAUGUUGGGAAAACGAGCCUCAUCCACAGGUUCUGUAGGGAUCAUUUUGAACGAGAUUACAAGGCGACCAUUGGGGUGGAUUUUGAAAUUGAACGUUUUGAAAUAGUUGGCAUACCAUAUAAUCUCCAGAUAUGGGACACAGCAGGUCAGGAAAAGUUCAAGUGCAUUGCAUCUGCUUAUUACCGAGGAGCAGAGGUUAUAAUAACAGUGUUUGAUCUAGCUAAUAUCCAGACUUUGGAUCACACCAAACAGUGGCUGGAAGAUGCUUUGAGAGAAAAUGAGCCAAAUUCCAUCUUCAUCUUUCUGGUUGGAACAAAAAAAGAUUUGGUGUCAGAUGCUGUUUGUGAAAGGACAGAGCUGGAUGCUAUCCGCUUUGCCAAUGACAUGCAGGCAGAAUACUGGUCAGUUUCAGCCAAAACAGGGGAAAAUGUCAAAGAGUUCUUUUCCCGAGUUGCUGCCUUGGCCUUUGAACAGUCCAUGAUGAGGGAGCUGGAGAAAACCACGGGGCACAUGGCUCAAAUUGGGACAGGAGACCUCAUCAGGCUGGAACAGAACCUGAUGGAAAUCUCAGAAGGCAAAGCUCAAGAAAGCUCAAGUUGCUGCUGAUUUUCAACUCUGCAAAUGCCACACUGCUCUGUAGUCCAACAUACAGCACCUGCAACAACAAAAGCUCUAAAAUCAGAAGUAAAAAUUUGCAUUUUUAGAAAUGAGGGAGAAAAAUGUUAUUCAAACUAUCUUUCUGAGGGCUCUCUUGUUGUUGAAGACUUGCUUGUGCUGGAUGGUAUUGUUACAUGAACUUUUCUCUGUGUAGUGGAAAUAUGACAUCCUUGUCUCAGCGCAAGAAGACAUUGCCAGCACCAUGUGCUCAUCUGUCUGCCAGAAAAACUUGUACUCAAAAGUUAUGUAACUUUAUCAUGCUGGGUUUUGAUAAUUCUCUAGAAAUCUUGAUUACUGAAUUUGCAUCCUCAUGGGAACAGAAUACAAAUGGCAGUUCAGAGAAAAGGGUGCUGAGAGCGGCCUGUCAGAAUCUAAAGGGAGCAAUAUGGGAAAGAAGGGCACAGAGUCUUCAACAGGUCUCAGUGGGUUCAAAUUAAGAGGGGAGAUUUAGAUUGGUUAUAAGGAAAAAGUUUUCUGCAGCAAGGGCAGUGAGGUACUGCCACAGGUUGCUCAGUGAGGUGGUGCUGCUCUGUCCCUGCAGACAUUCAAGGUUUAAAUGUCAUCUAGCCCAAUUCAAACAGUUCUAUGAUUCUGAGCUAAAAAUAUUCUAGAUUCUCAACCAUUCAUUUCAUCAAAAAUUGUCUUCUAUGAAAAAGUGAGUGAAAAGGUGGCUUGCAGCCUUUUAAUUACUUUUAUUUUUCCAUAGCUUGUGAUGUAAACUAGAGCAAUUACAAAUAAUGUAAUAGAGAUCUAGGAUCUUUUUUUUUUUUUUUCUCUUUCUCUUUUGCAGUUGAUUCUGUUGGCAAGGUCAACAAUGUAGCAUUUGGUAAAGAAGAUGAAUAUGUGGGUAUGUAAGGAGUCUGACUGUGGAAUAUCCUGACCUGCAUCUCUUUCACAGGAUGAUGAAUACACGCUCCACUUGUACUGUGUCUGAUACUGAGUGGGCACCAGAGCCACAAUCUUUGUGCUAACUGAGCUUGAAUGAGGGUAGAAAAAGACAUUUCACUCUACUGCUGUGUAUAGUGCAUGCACAUAAAACAUGUUGCAUUUCUGUAAUGCUUUUCAAAGCAAUUUUACAAGCCAUUAGAGCCACAUGGCCAUUGCUUCAUACUGUGCUGUGAGUGCAUGAGUACUGCUAACCUCAUAUUACUGGUAGAAGCUCUUAAAAAUAGUAUUAAAAUCCUUUGUUUGC